UAAGAAUCUAGCUGAACUGAAUGUUUUAGUUUUUUAUUGCAGAAAAAAAACUUAAAAACAAACAUUAAUCUAAAAAAAUGCUGCUUUAUUUCUUAAAUAAAUAAAUAAAUACAUAAAUAAAAUAAAAAUGUUUUUAUUUCUGAUUAAAAUUUUAACUGAAUGUUGAAGGUCUGUUUGGAGGUCUAUCUGUUCAGUUUUGCCUAUUAUACAGCAGAUGGCGGUAUUUCCUACUUUUCCCAAACUCCAUUUUUCCUUCCCAAAUUUGAGGAGUUUGAAAGUUUAGGAAGUGCUUCAGUCUGAGUCAGCUGACUUUUAACUUUUUCACUUCUGACUCAGACACUCCAGCGGAUGGAUGAGGAACAUCUGCUGUAGGAAAACUUCCUUUUAUCUUAAAACUGCUUAUUUUUGGUUGUUUCGAGUUUAAAUGUCAUACAGAUAGUGACUAACUGUCAAGGAGUUUGUCAUUUUAAAGAGAUUCCAGUGAGAAGUUUGGUCCUCUAUUGCCAAAUACAGACCAUCUUUCAUCAUGGGUGACUGGAGCGCGCUGGGGAAACUUCUUGACAAGGUCCAGGCGUACUCAACGGCAGGAGGCAAAGUCUGGCUCUCGGUCCUCUUCAUCUUCCGGAUCCUGGUUUUGGGAACCGCCGUGGAGUCCGCGUGGGGAGAUGAGCAGUCGGCGUUCCGGUGCAACACGGAGCAGCCGGGUUGUGUGAAUGUGUGCUACGACAAAUCUUUCCCAAUCUCACACGUGCGCUUCUGGGUGUUACAGAUCAUAUUUGUGUCCAUGCCGACCCUGCUGUAUUUGAGCCAUGUUGUGUUCCUCAUGCACAAGGAGGAGAAGCUAAAUAAGAAAGAGGAGAAAUUAAGAGACAUCCAGAGCAAAGGAGGAGACGUGGACACCCUUCUGCGGGAAAUCGAAAUGAGGAAGUUCAAGUACGGCCUGGAAGAUCACGGGAAGAUCAAAAUGCGAGGUGGAAUAUUUUACACGUAUAUGGUGAGCAUCGUGUUGAAGUCCAUAUUUGAAGUUGGCUUCCUGUUAAUUCAAUGGCAUCUUUAUGGAUUCAAGCUGUCGGCCAUUUAUACGUGUCAAAGGUUCCCCUGUCCCCAUAAAGUGGAUUGUUUCCUGUCUCGUCCCACAGAGAAGACAGUUUUUAUCGUCUUCAUGCUGGUUGUCUCGCUUGUUUCUUUGGCUCUCAACAUCUUUGAGUUUUUCUAUGUGAUUUUCAAACGGAUGAAGGACCAAAUUAAAGAGUCGGAGAGAAAAUUCGACAGAGCCUGCGAUGUCAAGCCUUGUCCGCGAAACCUGUCCGGUUACGGGUAUUACAAUGACUGUUCUGCAUCUGCACCUGUCCCCAAUCUGGGGUACAAUCUGAAUACGGGUGAUAAGUCGAACUCUUCUGACAACUACGACAAGCAAGCCAACGAACAGAAUUGGACGAAUUACAGUACAGAACAGAACCAGCUGGGUCAAAGGGACUAUUGCCACACCCACCGCUUUCCAUACCCCGAGAAAGGGACUUUGGGAAAAGAUCUUCUCUUGCUUAAAGAGCUCGAACCUCGAACUAGUAGUCGAGCGAGUAGUCGGCCCAGACCCGAUGAUCUGGACAUAUAGCAGAGACCUUAAUGAAAGGCCUCAUAGACAAUUUCUUGAAGUUAUGUAGUGAAUGUUUUACAACAUCGCUGAAAAGUGCAGAGUUGAAUCUGACAUCCAAAGAAUGCAGCCUCAGCUUUUUUAUAUUUAUUUUUAGAUUUUUUAUUUUAUUAGUAUUAGUAGGCUAUAUGACAUAUGGCUGGUUCUUAUGAAAAUAGUAUUUAUGGUUCUGAUAGUGAAAAUAUUCAGCUACUUAAAACAAACAUUUAAUAUUAUAAGUUCAUGGCUGGUUGACGUACACUCUUUAAAAUGAAGAAUGGAAGAUGUACAAUGUUUUGGCUGAAUGGUUCUUAGAGGAACCAGAAAUCGUCCUUCUAUGGCAUCGCUGUGAAGAACCUUUUAUAGCACCUUUAUUUAAGUGUAUUUUUUGUAUAUUUAAAGGUCACGUUCCCAGUUAGUGUGUAAUGUUGCUAUAAUAGCAUAAAUAAUACCUGUAAAAUGAUAAAGCUCAAAGUUCACUGCCAGGCGAUAUAUUUUCUUUAACAGAGUUCGCCUUUCAAAGCCUACAGCGAAUGGCUGGUUUGGACUACAGCCCUCUACUUCCUGCUUUAAUGACGUCAGUAGAACAGUUUUUUGACUAAACUCCGCCCACAGGAAUACGUCAGUCGCCAGAUAAGCAAACGGCAAGCUAAGCUGCUAUCGAAUCACAACACACUAAACAAGCUACACAAUCAGAACUCGUUACGUUUUUCUAAAGGAGGGACUUCAUAGAACAAGAAAGACAUCAGCCUGUUUUGAGGACAGUGAAAACAGCGCUAUAGAGAUAAGUGUGAAAAAUACAGCGGUUUUUUACACGUGAAACAUGAACACAUGUUAUAUUGCGCACUGUAAACACAAUCAAAGCUUCAAAAACACACACACAAAAAAAUGGGACCUUUAACAUUAAGAUUUUACUUUAUAGUUUAAUUUAAAGUUUAAGAUAUAUACACUCUAUACCAGGGGCGGAGCCAGACAUUGUAAACAUUGGGGGCUUAGCCCAAAUCUAGGGGUUCAAAAUGGUCCCCUGCUGAUAUUUUUUUCUCCAUUUACGGCAGCUUUAUAAACUAUUUUUUAAUCUAAGUGUCCUCUGUAUUAUCAUUUUGAAACCGUAAAAUAACAAAUUUUGACAGUGGCACUUUAACUUCUCUUAUCGAAAAAUAGGCAAAAUAUGUUUGCUGUAGGCUAAUGCAGUAAUUAUAAAGCUACAUAAGCUACAUUGAGGAUUCACAUUUUAUAACUGUCUAUUUCUGAGGUGAAAUCCUUGCGACUUUCAGUGAAAUGCAUAUGGACUUUAACUAUAUCCUUUCUUACCUUCUUACUUCUGACAUCUUAAAAAAAAAAAAAAUUAUCUAUAAAAAAGAGAUAUGUGCAAUGAGCAAGUUCUUCAAAGUUUUAAUUCGCUGUGAUUAAAUGUACUUUAAACAUAACGUUAUCAAUGACAGUGUGCAGCAGAAGAUCGCUAACAGUAGCCGUUAGCCAUGCAGAUAACAUAUUAGUUGACUCUAUUUAAUUUACAUCACAUAACUAUACACUUUUACAGUAAUAACGGAGGUACUGUAAUAAUAAACACUUUGAAAAUGCGUUUACUGUGGAGAGAUUCAGUAUUAAUUUGCCUUCAAUUUCAAUCUCUCAUUCGUUGCCUGGAGUGGGGGACUGGAGCGUUUUAAGCUGAACGCCGCCACCUAGCGUCCUGGAUGAAUUCAUUUUUAAAGAUAUAAAAAGAUUCGGGGCUUUUGACAAAACAUUCGUGGCUUGAGCCCCAGAAGUCACCCCCUCGUUUUACCCUGGUUGGGUAAAAUAUGGAAAAACAAACUUUUUGUACACAUUAAUAUUUGAGUUACUUUUUUAAAAAAGUAAUGCGAGUUACUUUUCAGUUUAAUUAAUUAAAUUUAAAAAUAAAAUAAUGUACUGAAUUAGACUGAACAUAUUAACGUAGAAUUACGCACUCUGUGCACCUGAGCGGGAACAGUUUGAGUCGGAAACAGAGAUGGCAGGUCAGAGCUUGACAUUUUUUCGAUCAUAAAAAACACCUGCAAGGCCUGAAAGAGAUCAAGCCUCAUCCAAGUAAGAAAAAGUAACCCAAAAAUAAUGUAAGCAUUACUUUCCAUGAAAAGUAACUAAGUAACGCAAUAAGUUACUUUUUUGGGGAGUAACUUAAUAUUGUAAUGCAUUACUUUUAAAAGUAACUUUCCCCAACACUGCUGCAGUGACAGCUGGUUCUAAAAAGGUUCUUUGCAGCGAUACCCAAGAUAGAAGAACCAUUUUAGUCAAAGCUUCUUAAAAUAAUGAUUUCCAUGUUUUUAUAGUCAUCAAAGAACCACACUGUAAAAAAAUGCAGUAUGAAGUUAAAACAACUUGGUUUUUGCAAGUCAAUUCAACCUACUAUUUUUAGUUUUGGCUUGUAAAAAGUUUACAUAACUUAUAAAAUCAAGUUGAAAUUGUUUAACUUAAAAAAAUAAGUUAAAGUAACAUAAAAGUAUUUGAUGAUUUGACACAAAUGCUGCAUAUUUUUGUACAGUUGUGCAACAGUUCUGUGGAUGUUAAUGGUUCUUUAUUGAAAGACAAAGACAAUUUUUGGAACAUUUAUUUUUAGGAGUGUUGUAGUGUCAUCAUGCACCAGUUGAGCUACAUGUCAUUCCAAAUAGUGUGAUUUAAUAUGGUGGUUUUUGGAAGGAGUAAAUCUUUAAACACUACAUUUUAAGUACUGUCAGUAUUAUAAAGCUCAGUUUUCUUAUUGUCUUACUGUUUAACCACUGAAGAAUAAAUCCAAGUAAGAUCCGAAGUCUAUCCAAGUAAGAUCGGUCUAAUUCAACCCUACUGGAAUAAAUUAAGAUCAUUCAUUCUUUUCCAGAAGGAUCUUAACUCUGAACAUUUUCUGUCUAUUCUUCUUUUUCCGACAGCAUUUUUCCAUUACGGGAAGUUGGCCAGCACAUAUAAAUGGAGCACUGUUUCUAGUUUUUUUUUAACUGAGUAACUGUACUGUGGUCUUCUGUAAAGUCUCCAGUAAAGUUUAAAAUCAAGCCGCUUAUCAUUUCGCUAAAGUGUUGACAUAAAUGUUGGUUAUUAAAUUUACGUAAUAAUGCACAAGCGGCAAAUUGACUCCCUGUGAUUGACCAAACUUUAAAAGAGUUUGAAAUUGAAAUGACUUAAUAAGAUUCAAGCUUUUCCUCUGUUCUCAGAGUUUCCUAUUUAUCCGAUGAACUAAAUGAAAACAUGUGCUUUGACUCAGGUCUGCCAGCCACAUGUGGCAAAACAGAAAAGCAAAGGUAAAGUACUUGAAUUAUGUAUGUGAAAACAUUUUUGUAAUAUCUGGGCUAUGUGCAUCAAGCCAAGAGAAAGUGCAGUUAUGUAGUAAGAGGGGAUUAACGAAAAAACUUUUUGCCCUUGAAUUCCAAAAUAUUCCACAUUAUCAAAUGCAGAUUUGUAAGGAUUAAAAUACUUUAGAAGGUAAACCUUUCACGGCAUUUCAUACAAUACAUUCCUCAUUUGGAUGAUCAAACAUGACCUUUCACCAAGAUAUGUACAACUAAUGAAAUGUGAAACAUUUCCUAACUCAGUUUAACACUAGCUUUGUUUUUUUGUGUCUCAGGACAGUCUUUAUACAAUUUUAUAUCAUUGCAGUAUGUGUGUUCCCUAAAGAUCGAACCCUGCAAUGCUACCAACUGAGCUACAGGAACAAAACUUUCUAGUAACCAUUCAUACCAAUCACAUGAACCACUAGAAACAGAACAGUCGUGAACUCUGUACACCUUCACAAGUGUUCAAACUACACAAGGCUUAUAACAAGCAAACUUUAAAUCUCUUUCACACUGUCAGAAAAAAUGGUCCCAAGCUGUCACUGGUGCAGUACCCUUUGAAAAGGCCCCCAGCGAGCAAAAGCCAUCAUUCACCAUCUAACUACAUACCUAAAAUAGUCUGGUUAUGGGUAACCUACUUCUAGCCAAAAUAAACUUAAAAUUUGGUUAAAUAAGCCUGAAUUACAAGUCGCCUUUUUGCCAAAAUAACUUAAAGGCACACAACUUUUUGGCCACUAGGGGGUGCUAGACAUGUAUUUUUCACGCCUAGCGCCCCAAGAGGCCACAAGCGCCGCAGCACUGUCGCAAAGGAAAAGAACUGGCCAACCUUAAAACUAAACUAAAAACUAAACCUUUAAAACGCUAAACGAUCAACAUUUUGAGCCAUCAGGGAGAAACGCAGUCAUGUUACAACUUUCUGAUGAGGAACUCGUCUCAGUCUGAAGCUUUCCAAUUGAGAAACGACCAGAAGUAUUUCCUUGCCUUUUUCGAAACAAAUAUUGUUGCAUCGUCUCUCUCUCUCCCUCGCCACCAGGAUUUUCCGCAAUGGCGCUAAUUUUUCCUCUCUUUUGUGUGAAAAUUGUCACCCCAAAUCCAAGUAAACCGAUGUGUUUAGGUCUGCCGCUUUGUAAUAUGUCACGCGAGUGACAGCGGAACGCAGCGAAUGAGGAAGAGAAAAGAGAGAAACGCUCGGAUCUGAUUGGUGAAUGAAUAGGGUUUGGUUUUACACUGUGUGAGUUUGAGCAAGUUUGACUGCUAUAGCAUCCUGGAUUGUAAUGUAAAUACAAAUACCAUAGACAGUAAAAGAAAGGUAAAUACGUGAAUGCAGCAUCUGAAUACAGGGAACUAUAUGCAAGAUAAUCGCCGUCAUUUAUAUAGAAGAUCGCAUUUAUGUAUGAAUCAAGAUUGUGAGUUUAUAUAAAAAAUUGCCUUAAAGGGGAAUUGAACUCGGGUCGCCCACGUCAUAGGUCCGUGACACUAACACUGUGAAUUAGCGCAUCCUUGGAAGAGCAGUCACGAGCCGCCACUGGUAUGCACCUUUGAGGUACAAAUAUGAACUCUUUAGGUGCAAUGGUGUACCAGAGACAGAAAGGCCUAUUUUUUUAAAAAACUUUUAUUUGAUAACAAUAAAGUG